AAUCAAUAGCUUGGGCCCGUGCCCCUGAAGUCCUAACUAGUACGCAAAAAUGCUCGAAAAUACUAGCACGCACCGCUCUUUGCGCCCAAACGCGUCUUCCCACACUUCAUGUACACCGCGACUUUGGCGGAAUGCCCAGGUGCAACGCUAUGGCCAAAUUCAUGCUCCAAUUGCCUUGUCACAUCAAGCCCAAAACGCUAGGGAUGUUGUUGUUUACAAUACUCAACCCUAUGGGCGAGGCCAGCCGCCAAGCCAGCCGCAGCAGCCGAUGGCGUUGGUUCGUAGGCCUGCCUUCGAGCCUCCCCAGGCGCAGCAGGCUAUAGUUGUAAAUCUUUCUGACGUCGCGGACAAGCAGCUCAUCACACGCAACCGGGGUCAGAACCUUGGCACAAUCGGCGAGGCUUGGGUCGACCCUAUCAACCUUGAAGUGGUCUCCUUCGACAUCGAGCCAAAGCGUGGCGCAACCACCAGCACUGUCAGCAACGUGCCUCUGACUGCGCUUUGGCAAAUCGGGGACGUGGUCCUCAUCCAGGAUGAGAACCUAAACGUGCAGCAGCGAUUGGACAGUCGCUUCGGCUUGGUGAAGCUACUGGGCAUGGAAGUGCGGACCCGCAGCAACAAGCUACUCGGCAAGGUCCGAGACAUCGCUUUCAGUCCGGACACCGGCGCCAUCAGCAAAAUCGAGUUUGACGACUUUGGCCUGCGCUUCCUGCCAGUCAACUUUUUCGACACCUACUCCAUCCCCGCCGAAUGCAUUGACCGCUGCGAUGUGGGCGCAGUAAUCGUCUUCACCGACGAAUGGCUGCAACCGGAGAAGCAGGGCUUCCUUAGCAGCAUCCUCAGAGGCGUCAGCAGUCGCCAACAGGUGGCCGGGUUGCUGUCGGACGGCUCGCGCUUCUCCAGCGACUCCAGCCUGGGCGGGCAGCUCCCCAAGGGUUACACGUACGAGCAGUGGCAAAACGAUGUACGGCGCUGGGAGGAGGAGACGGGAUACACGUAUGAGGACUACCAAAGGCAGCUGCUGCAGCAACAGCAGCUGCCGCAGCAGCUACAGCAGCAGCAGCAGAUGUACGGAGGAGCGGCACGGAGGGGAGCUCCGCAACCUGCGCAACCGCGUAACGCGCUGCCGCCACCCCGGCAGCAAAUGCAGAUACAGCAGCAGCCGCAGCAGCAGCUGCAGCCGCUUCCUGCUCGGCAGCAGCAGCAGCAGGGGCAGCAGCCGGGGAGGUAUGCGCUGCCUCCCGCCGCUGCCCCAGGCAGCAGUAGCAGGAUGCCGCCGCAACGUAACGCACCACCCUCGGGACCACAGGGCGGGCAGCAGUCCGGGUUGUACGGCAGCCAACAGCAGCAACAGCCGCCGUUGUACGGCAGCGGUGGGUACGGCGGCAGCGCCCCUGCGGAUCCGCGGUACCGUGGUACGGCGCCUGUGGCUGGUGGCAGCGGCCCCGUACGACAACGGUACGGCAGCCCUGCUGCUGGGGUGCAGCAACCGCAGCAGCAGCAGUGGCCAGGGCAACAGCAGCCGCCUGCAUCGCCACAGCAGCAACCACAGCAGCAGCAGUGGGCAGGCCAGCAACCGGGGAUGACCCAAGGGUCGGUGCAACCGCUCCCGCAGCAGCAGCAGCAGCAACCGGUGGUAGGCGGGCCUCCCCGCGCGCCUAUGCAACAGCCACAGCAGCAACAAUCACCACCUCAGCAACAACCACCCCAACCAGCGCAGCAGCAGCAGCCAGGCCGCGUCCAGCCUCCGCAGCCAGGAGGGGCUCCUUACGGGUGGCCCGCUGCCUCCUCGCCCUCCACGUCCUCCCCUUCCUUCCCGGCAGGAGGGCCCGGGGCGCCGGCCAUGGGCUCCAUGGGCCCCAUGCAAGGAGCGGGGGCAGCUGACCCGGGUGCGCCGCAGGGCGCAACAGCACCCCCAGCAGCAGCAGCUGGUAGCGGCGGUGGGGCGCUGCGUGUGGACGAAUGGCUGGCUCGGGAGCAGG